GGCUGCUCUGGAAGGUUAACUCAGAAGGACACGAAACGAACCCGGUGUCUUGCAAACGACUGUCUCGCUGGCCAUCAGGAACGUCCCGCAGCGAGUUCACCUACCAGGAAGAUGAGGUUAACGGUGCUGGGCGUCUGCUUGCUGUUGAGCGUCACCUGCUGCCUGUGCGCUCCAAAAAAGAAAAUUCCUGCGUUCUGCCCGCUGAGAAUUCGGGACAGAGUGCAAGUACUCGGAUGCAUGUGGAUGUACCUCUCACCAUCUCUUCAGAAUCGGCUGAACCAUAUCAUGCAAUACAACCGCCUGAACGUCCAGACACUAGCCAGGUUUAUCUGCACGCCGGAAGCAAUGUUUAGCUUCAAGAAAGCUUUUUCGAAACCAGAAAUCAAGGAAGGAAUCACUGCAGGCACCAUGUGCUUGCGGAGAAUGAUGCCGAGAAUGAGACAGAAUGAUUCAGAAUAAACCCAGCGAACUACCACCACUA